AUGGCUCAAAAAUCACAUUAUGCACAAUGGAUCAAGGAUCCAACCGAGAGAAGAAUGGAGUCCAACACGAUAACGUUGACGAGGUUUUUCUUGGCGGAACAACAAAAAUUUCCAACAGCCACAGGUGAACUGACCCAGCUGCUGGCUUCUAUUCAAACAGCUGUUAAGGUUAUCAGUAGCGCCGUUAGAAGAGCUGGUAUUACCAAACUGUUUGGUACCGUAGGGCAAACAAAUGUACAGGGAGAAGAAGUUAAAAAGUUGGACGUGUUGGCCAACGAAUUAUUUAUCAAUAUGCUCAAGUCGUCUUAUACAGUAGCUUUGCUUAUAUCUGAAGAAAAUGAAACAAUUUUAGAGGUAGAGACUGAACACCGAGGAAAGUAUAUAGUAGCCUUCGAUCCAUUAGAUGGUUCCUCGAAUAUCGACUGUCUAGUAUCCAUAGGUUCAAUUUUCGCCAUUUACAGAAAACCCGAUAACACAGUCCCAGCUCUCGACGACACUCUAAUGUCUGGAAGGAAUGUAGUAGCUGCUGGAUAUGCCCUCUACGGUAGUGCAACUAUGCUGGUUAUAUCUUCUGGAUCUGGCGUGCACGGUUUCAUGCUGGAUGCAACCAUAGGAGAAUUUGUUUUGACUGAACAAAAUAUGCAAAUUCCGAAAAAGGGAAAAAUCUAUUCGAUAAACGAAGGUUACUACCAUGAAUGGGACAACGCCGUAAGAGAAUACAUUGAUGCUAAGAAAGAUCCUUCUAAGGGGAAACCCUACGGUGCCAGAUACGUCGGUUCAAUGGUGGCUGACGUUCACAGAACUAUUAAGUAUGGAGGAAUCUUUUUAUACCCGGCAACGAAGUCUUCACCUAAGGGCAAGCUUAGACUGAUGUACGAAUGUGUUCCAAUGGCCUAUUUGCUCGACCAAGCCGGAGGAUUAGCUACUGACGGCAAGAUUAAUAUAUUAGAUAUUACUCCUACUAACCAUCAUCAGAGAACACCUAUCUUUUUGGGAUCCAAAGAAGAUGUUGAGGAGGUGCAAAGCUAUAUCAAUAAACAUUGUGAAUGCAAAAAAUAG